CAAAGCAAGAAAAAUCAGAGCAAUUUGGGAAGUAAACAGAAACUGGAAAGGGAGGGGGAAAGAAGAGUGGGAGGACCCAGGUUGGGGGGGGCCUCCCCAGUCCCACCCAGUUUAGGGAAUGCCCCGGCCCUCUCCCCCACCCCCCUUCACCUGGCUCUUAAAGGGCCCGGCCCCUGGCCGGUGGCUACUUAAGACAGAGGGGCGGCGGCGGGCAGCAGCAGAGUUGCGGCUGCUCUGGAAGAAGAGGACCGGGCACAAACCCUGACCAUGACCCCCCACAGGCUGCUGCCGCCGCUGCUGCUGCUAGCUCUGCUGCUCGCUACCAGCCCAGGAGGCACCUUGGCGCGGUGCCCAGGCUGCGGGCAGGGGGUGCAGGCGGGUUGUCCAGGGGGCUGCGUGGAGGAGGAGGAUGGGGGGCCGCCAGCGGAGAUCUGCGCGGACGCUGAGGGCUGUCUCAGGAGGGAGGGGCAGAAGUGCGGGGUCUACACCCCUAACUGCGCCCCAGGACUGCGGUGCCACCCGCCCGAGAACGACGAGGCGCCUUUGCGGGCGCUGCUGCUAGGCCGAGGCCGCUGCCUCCCGGCCCGCGCGCCUGCGGUUGCAGAGAAGAAUCCUAAGGAGAGUAAAUCCCAAGCAGAUACUGCCCGCCCGCAGGAUGUGAACCGCAGAGACCGACAGAGGAAUCCAGGCACCUCUACCACGCCCUCCCAGCCCAGUUCUGCAGGUGUCCAAGACACUGAGAUGGGCCCAUGCCGCAGACAUCUGGACUCGGUGCUGCAGCAACUCCACACUGCGGUCUACCGGGGGACCCAAACCCUCUAUGUGCCCAACUGUGACCAUCGAGGCUUCUAUCGGAAGCGGCAGUGCCGCUCCUCCCAGGGCCAGCGCCGAGGUCCCUGCUGGUGUGUGGAUCGGAUGGGCCAGCCCCUGCCAGGGUCUCCAGAUGGCAACGGAAGUUCCUCCUGCCCCAUUGGGAGUAGGCGAUAAAGCUGGAGGGAGGGUAGGGUGGGGGGCUGCAGAGCUACUGGCAGGAACAUGGAGCUUCCAUCACUCGACAAAUAACCCACAACCCACCUGCAGGCCCUGCCCGAUGGUUCCCCUCACACUGGGCCUUUACAUAUGCAGUUGGAAAGAGUGUCAGUGUUGGCUGGGUGUCAAUAAAGCUGUGCUUGGGGUUGCUGG